AUGACCUUUGGCGCUACAACCAAGUCCUCCAGCGAUAGGGGUACCAUUCAGAUGCGAACAUACAAGCCGCGGACGCCCGGUACACGACAUCUCAAGCGACCCAUCAAUGACCAUCUGUGGAAGGGAAGGCCGUUUCUGCCAUUAACGUUUCCGAAGAAGGGACAUGGCAAGGGAGGCAGAAACAAUACCGGAAGAAUUACGGUGCGACACCGAGGAGGUGGUGCCAAGAGGAGGAUACGAAUGGUCGACUUCGAUCGUUGGAUUGCCGGACCGCAUCUUGUCGAGCGUAUCGAGCAUGAUCCUGGCCGCAGUGCACACAUUGCACUAGUUACCGAGCAGGCAACUGGUAGGAAGAGCUACAUUGUCGCCGCUGAGGGCAUGCGGGCAGGAGAUAUUGUCCACAGCUAUCGCUCAGGUAUUCCCCAGGACUUGCUCGACAGCAUGGGCGGUGUCAUUGAUCCUGGUAUUUUGGCGGCAAAGACUGCAUUCAGAGGCAACUGCCUCCCUCUUCACAUGAUUCCGGUCGGCACGCAGGUCUUCAACGUUGGCUCCAGAGGCAACGGACCGGCCAAGUUUUGCCGGAGCGCUGGUACCUACGCUAUUGUUGUCUCAAAGGAAGAGGAGACUAGAGCAGACGGCACCAAGGUCAUGGUCGGAAAGUUUGUGAACGUGAGAUUACAGAGUGGAGAGAUCCGGAAGGUCAGCAAGGACGCUUGCGGUACCAUUGGUGUUGCAAGCAACCCAUAUUACCAGUACAGACAGCUUGGUAAAGCUGGACGGAGUCGAUGGCUGAAUAUUAGGCCCACCGUUCGAGGUGUGGCCAUGAACUCCAGUGACCAUCCUCUUGGUGGUGGACGUGGAAAGUCAAAGGGCAAUCGACCACCCGUCAGUCCCUGGGGCCAACCGGCCAAAGCCGGCUUCAAGACUAGGAGAACCCAUAAUAUCAACAAGUGGGUUGUUGUGCCUCGUGUACGCAAUCACGGCAAGCGCAGAGACAAGAAGGCCAAGGCCUAA